UUCAUAAACAGCUCGUCAACCACCUCGGUAGCUUGCUAGCCAACAUAGCCGAAAGAUUCAUGCUAUUUAUACGCUUUCGGUGUAUAUUAGCUGCUGUAUUUUAGCCACACUUCUGUCGUAUCUAGUUGUUAACCUAUUUAAUUGCAUAUUACGUUAUUUUGUAUUAGUCAGCUAUAGUAGCUGGCUGGUUAAGUUAGCACUAGCCUAGUCGCUAAUGAUAGCUAGCUAGCUAACAUCCCUGAACAUGAGCUCCCUAAACUUCUCCCCUCUUGUUAAAGAAGAGGCGGUCUGCUGGACGGAGAAAGAAGCUUUGGGGCUGAACAUUGUCGUGAAAGAGGAGAAGGAAGAAGAGGAUGUCACAGUAAAACAAGAAGUAGAGGGUGUUACAGUGAAAGAAGAAGAGAAAGACGCGUUCAGAGUUUAUGGAUUGAAAAAGGAGGAUGAUUUUUCUGUGAACGAAAAGGAGGAAGAUGACGUUUUUGGAGUGGAGGAUGAAGAGGGGGAGAUUACUGUCACAUUAGAGGAGGAUGAAGAAGAGAGGGCUGGAGAUCUGAUUAACACCAGUAAAUACAGAGAGAGAUGUGACUAUCGUGGAUCCUCUGGGGAGCCUCGACAACAUCAUGGGGCAGGGAAAAGUCUCUCCAGAUCAGAACUCCUCAAGAAACACCAGCAGAGGCCCACAGGGAAGAAAUCUAUUUGCUGCUCUGACUGUGGGACACGUUGCAAAUCUUCAUCAGAACUUAAGAUACACCAGAGAACACACACAGGAGAGAAACCUUAUAGCUGUGAUCAAUGUGGGAGGAGUUUUACUCAGUCAGGCUCCCUGAAAUCACACCAUAGAACACACACAGGAGAGAAAUCUUAUAGCUGUGAUCAAUGUGGGAAGAGUUUUACUACAUCUAGCAAUCUGACUGCACACCAGAGAACACACACAGGAGAGAAACCAUAUAGCUGUGAUCAAUGUGGGAGAAGUUUUGCUAAAUCUAGCCAUCUGACUACACACCAGAGAACACACACAGGAGAGAAACCUUAUAGCUGUGAUCAAUGUGGGAAGAGUUUUACUACUUCUGGCUAUCUAACUAUACACCAAAGAACACACACAGGAGAGAAACCAUAUAGCUGUGAUCAAUGUGGGAAGAGUUUUUCUUCUUCUAGCUAUCUAACUAUACACCAUAGAACACACACAGGAGAGAAACCAUAUAGCUGUGAUCAAUGUGGGAAGAGUUUUACUCAGCCAAACAGCCGGAAUAUACACAAGCGGACACACACAGGGGAAGAGAUACUCUGAUUAAAGAUCUCUGAUUAAACAUCAAAUACAAGGAGUUGUUUCAUGAUAUCAAUGAAAUAAUGUCACAAUGUAGAAUGUUUUAAUGAUGUCACAAUGUAGAAUGUUUUAACAUUGUAGUAGGAGUAUUUUAAUGUCACAAUGUAGAAGCCUAAACAUUUGUCCCUGUUACACUUACCAUGUUGGUGACCCACUUGAAUCAAAAUGCAACACUUCAAAAUGUAGCGAUCUGUUUUCUACAAAUUGUUCUCUAACCAGGGAUGUACAGGUUACUCCCAGAUUCCGUGUGGUUUUUGAGCUGUUAGUUUUAACAGGACGUGCAACCUCAUCUCCCUCUCGCACAAAUUAUUUUAGCAUGAUAUUGGUGAGUUAUGACAAAUAAGUGUUGUGUUCCUUUGUUUAGUGACCCCUACAUUUAAAUGCAUCACUCCAAAAUGUAGCUGACUGUCUUCUGCAGGUUGUCCUCUAACCAGUGAGGUAAAAUAUAUCUCCCAUUUCCAUGUUUUUUUUUAGUUGUGUUAGUUUCCAUAUCACAUACAACCUAAUUUCCCCCCUAAUCGAUAUCAGUAGUUUAUUGCUACUUGUCAAAACAACAGCGUUUUUGGUGCAGGACAACUUGGUUUCUGAUUGUCUCAAGGUUGGCAGUCAAAAAGUUUUGCGUUUAGCCAGUAAUUGCCAUGGAUCUUAUUUUGACUGCUUGUUUUUCUGUUUUUGGAGAUGAGUUUUGUUUGGGCUCGUUCCAAGUGGACGGCAGUUCUAGAAGCAAGUGAGUUUUAGGAAGACGAGAGUUCUAGAAGCUAGUGGACGUGAAUGUUUCUGUUUUAUAUGGUACCAGGGAGAGAUGACCUCAGGGCCAGACCCUGGUCUCUACACAAAGAGUACUGUUUUUACAGCAGAUACUGUCUGCUGAGAAUUAUAACUAUCUUUGAUUCAAAUCUAAACCUUGUGACCCGUUCUGUACAUCUAUUAUCGGUCAUGUAGGUUGAAAGGAGAGUAUCUUGGCUAUAAAAGACCUUUGUACUUUUGUCCUGUGGGUCGACCAGCCAUCAUUAUCAUAGAGCCUUCAAUUGAUUCACUUUAUAUGUGUACGUUGUAUUGACCUGCUCCCUUAUUUAGAAGUGAAUACAGAUUUAGUUAAAGAAUAACUCUGACUUGUGUGAUAAGUUUCUCUCCUCAUUUGAUAUUAAAGAAGUUAACCACCACAUUUGGCGAUGGGGAUGUUAAUCUUCACUUGGUGACCUGGCUCCUGACGACAUGGGUAACUGACCUGGCUCCUGACGACCUGGGAAACUGACCUGGCUCCUGACGACCUGG